CCGCCCCGCCUCGGCACCGCCCCGGCUCCGCCGGCGGAGCCAGCGCGGAUCGGCCCAGCAUGGAGGGGACGCGGCGCGCCCUGCUCCGCCUCGCCGCUGUUUGCUGCCUGCUCUGCGCCUUGCCAGGAGAGGGUCAGAAGACAUCAGAGGUGACACCACCUUUUCUUAGCACAGCUCCAACCUCACAUCAGCCAAGGGAAGCCUCUGCCUUCAGUGCAGUGACUGCUGCCAUUCCUGAGACAAGCCUGGAGAAAAACUUGACUGCUGCCACACUCAAUGCCACUGGAGCCCACGCUACAGAGAUGGAGGAUGCCUCCAUCCCUACCACCCCCAUGGUGGGCACCAAGGCAGAGACACUGCAGGCUUCCACCACUGCCAGCACCGAGACCAUCACCAUUACACAGCAUGAGCACCACAACAUGAUCUUGUCAGUCAACAGCAGCACUGAAAUCCUCUCCCCUAUCCCAACUGCCAGCACUCUGGAAGAAAACCAGCACCACCACGAGGUCCCUGAGCCUUUCAACACAACUGAAGAAAUGGAGGAGGCCAGUAGUGCAACCCCCACACCUCCCCUGAACAGUGUGACAGCAACAAGUAACAGCUCUCAGCCUUUUGGUGGGCAGACCAUGGGACCCACAGCAGCAAGGUCCGAAACCAGGCCAGGAACGAGCCCUGUGCAUGCCACAGAGGAAAGCACCACAGAGCCCAGAACCUCCUCUGCUCCCAUCUCAACCACAGGGAGCAUGUCCUCUGCUACUGCCUCCAGUACUGUGACAGUGAGACCCCUUGUGACCAGCUCCACGUAUGCUAGCACAGCUGCCAUCCCCACCAGCACACCUACACUGGAGCAGGCAUUAGAGCCCAUACAUGAGAAAGCCUCUGUAUUGGAUGUCGGUGAUGAUGAAAAUCCAGAGCUCCCCAGUUCCCCUUUGGCUGAUACAACGAAGGCUGAUCCCUUGGUGAUCACCGUGAUCUCUGUCUUCGUUGUCAUGGUGGGCAUCCUAGGCCUAUUGGGCUUCCUGAGAUACCGCCAGCACAACAGCCGCAUGGAGUUCCGGCGCCUGCAGGACCUGCCCAUGGUCCCUCUCCUUCAAUCCAGGGUUUGAAUCAAGACAGCAAGUCUCAAGGAUGACAUGAUGGAGGACACCCCUCUCUCACUCUACAGCUACUAGGCAACCAGGCUGUCCUCUGCCUGGCCGGCUGAACUUCCCAGAGGAGAAGGCCUUGAGGACUUCUUGAGGUCCCAGACGAUCUGCUGAGGAAUGAGGGGCUAUGAUUUGCACACAACUGAAAGAUCCUUUUCAGAUGGCUUUUGGUUUUAGACGUUUUCAGUAGUUCAAUGUUGAAGUUUUUACGCUGAGAAACAGAGCCCAAGUCUGGCCCUUUCCUCCAGGGUGUCCUUGAAACCAUGCCUUGAAGAGGUGCCUCCUCCUUUUAGUGUGGUGACCAAUUAGCCAAGACAACCUUUGCCAUCAUGUUCCACAUGGAGCUCUUCUGUCCAUCUUGGCAGCUGCUGCUUUCAAAGGAGGUGGGCAAGUGAUCCAUACAAGAGCUCUUAACACUGGUGGUGUCAGCACAGUGCUAGCAAAGGAGACUGCUGUUUUCUAAGGGAGCCAAGGAUGUGGAAAGCAGUUGUCUUGGGCUCCUUCUUGUUCUUUAUUUUUAAGGUUGUUUGGUUUGGGUUUUUUUUCUUGCACUUUUUUUGUUCCUGUUUCAGCUUUAGUCCCAGGAUUGGCACAGCCCAUCCUGAAACACCUACCAGGAGGAUGACAGACUGCUCUGCUUCCUUCCUACAUGCAUACCUUUUCUCUUUAACCAGGGAAAACAGUUUUGUGGCCACUGGAGAAGUGCCCUUGCUACUUGAUGUUGCUUUGAAGUUGCUGGGAGGAAAAUGAACAUAAUUUUAGCUUAACAGGGCCUGAUAGGAGUCAGUCUGUUGCAAUUAGACACACUAAUUUGGUCUCACCAAAAUUAGGAAACCGUGUCUCCCAUACUUGAUGCCUUCAGCAUAUGUGUAAACUCUGCCCAGGCUCAGUGAAUGCUUUAGUCUAUUUCUCUGCGUGGAUUGACACUUGCCUUUCCUCAGGUACCUCCCAUUUUGCUGCUAGCAUCUGGUUGCUGAAAGCUGUUGUACAAAACUAGUACUGCACUCUGCCUCCUCUGCUAUGCAAGGUCAAAGCUCCUUUACCUUCUAAUGUUGGUCUUUAUGCCAGUUGGCAUCUCAUCACGAAGACAGAUCUUGGGUGUAGGUGCCUUCCUCCACUUCCCUUUCUAGAUGUUAGGCUGAUGAGAUUCUGCACUUUUGCCUCAAAGUAUCACUGCUGUAGACUGCAUCCAAGCCUCCUGAGUCCCCUCAAGGAAUGGACCAGAGUCUCUGAGUGUAAGUCUGAGGAUCGUUUGGUGCCCUUGCCUCAGAAAGACGGUAGUGUGCAUGACAUGGAAAUGUUCGUGUAAUUAACACUUGCUUCUAUUUUCUAAUUCACAUUUGACUGCAGGUAAAGAGAAACACAUACCUUCUCUAGAGUGUUUGAUUUGUGACAGGAUACAGAAAGAGCUAGACAGAGAUUGUCUAUCACAUUGCUCUUACAAGCCUCAGUCUAUCCUCUCAGUAGCAACACUCACUGACCCCACAAAGGACAGAUACCAGCCCUCACUAGCAAAACUACCUUUUUUUUCCAGUGUUGUCGUUACUUGUCUUAGCAGGGAAAGGGCAAUUUUCCAGUCAACAGGUCUUAAAUUAUCUGCAAAGCCCAAAGAUGGAGCACAACUGGUUUGGGUCAAAUAGAUGAACUGGGUAAAGCAGUGGUUCCUCCUUACUGUGCUACUACUUCCUGAAGUGACAAAAGGCUGCAGUGCAAUUUGGGUUCUGAUGUUGGCUUUGGCCUUGCAUCUGUUUAUUGUAAGGAUGCCCAGUAAAAUAGGGAAGAGGGUUGGUUCUCUCCUACUAUUACUGCAUGAAAACUAAAGGGCAAUUGUCACGACUCCAAAGUUUUUUGUAUCAAGCAUUGUCUGCGCAGAGCAAUCUCCCUAGCUACAGACUUGUUUCCCCUGCUGGAGGGCAGGGUGCUACUGGUUUUUGGCACAAAGAGAGGCAAGUUACUGGUGGAAAAUAGAACUCCAUCCUGGGUGGAUCUGGUGCAGGCUGGCAGAGCUGCAAAGUGUCUCUGCACAUAACAGAAAGGGCAGGGGCUGGUGGUUCUGGUUUCCCGUGCAUCACUGUCCAGGGGAAAGGGGUGAGGAAGAAAACUCACCCAACACCAAAGUGCAACUUUCUGUGUAAAAUAUGUUAAUAGUGAAUUUUUUUUUCUGCAAUAAAGUUACAAAUGCCAA